CCAAGCAGACAUUUCUUUCUAUAAGAAUAUAUAUAGUACCGGACGGGUUGUGCGUGUGUGUUAAGUGUUCAGUCAGUAAAGUGUUUUGAAACUUAUUAGUUGUCGGAAAAUGAUAUAAGAUUUUGAAGUUUUUUUUAGCAUGUAACAGAGAUUAACAAUUUUAGCAUCAAAAUGUCAGAAACUGAAGUAUUAAAGAACAUGGUGAUGAGCUUUCGUGUCUCGGAAUUGACUAUGUUGCUGAGUUUUGCUGGACGUAGUCGAUCAGGUCGGAAAACAGAAUUGCAGAUGCGAGCUCUGGAAUUGAUCAAAUUACGAUCUUCACCUAUAAAUGCCAAAGUUCGCGAAUUAUAUCGGUCAAUUCAACAGCAAACAGUGGCAAUGGGACAGAGUGCUGCAGAAACCACACCACCUUACAUUGGUGCAUCAACCAGAUCAAGCUCAUCUCUCUCGCCAUCCAAAUCCAGUAAUUAUUCUGAAAUGGAGAGGGCUGCAAUCCAAGGAAGAAAUCCUUACAUCCAUACCAGUGGUCUGCCUUACUCAACAGGUUACACUUCUAAGCAAGCUGUGUCUGGCGGUGGUUCACAACCAUCAUUUCCGGUUCACCCUGAUGUCCGAUUGAAGAGAUUACCAUUCUUUGAUUCAAUAGCAGAACUUCUACGCCCUUCCAGCUUGGUCCCUACAGGGAAUUCUCGAUAUCACGACACAAAUUUUGUAUUUCAUCUCACACCUCAGCAAGCAACAGACAUAGCAAGUUCAAGAGAUGCCAGGCCUGGGUCCAAAAUAGACUAUUUGAAUCAAAUUCAAAUGAGGUUUUGUCUCUUGGAAACAUCAUGUGAGCAGGAUGACAACUUUCCAUCCAACCUCUCAGUCAAAGUAAACAGUAAACUAGUGACCUUGCCGAAUCCUAUCCCGACCAACAAACCGGGGGUAGAACCUAAACGGCCACCAAGACCUGUCAACAUAACUUCACUGUGCAGGCUUUCACCAACAGUGGCUAACCAGAUCAAUGUGACGUGGUCAUCGGACAUGGGCGGGAGAGGUUAUGUUAUGGCCAUCUAUGUUGUCCGGCGUCUUGCCUCCACUGAUCUUCUCCAGAGAUUGCGAACAAAAGGAGUACGUCCAGCAGAAUAUACUCGUGGCCUCAUCAAAGAUAAACUAGAAGACGCCGACACAGAAAUUGCCACCACAUCUCUUAAAGUGUCGCUCGUGUGUCCUUUGGGGAAAAUGCGAAUGCAGUUGCCUUGCCGAGCAACAUCUUGUUCACAUCUACAAUGUUUCGAUGCCUCGCUUUUUCUGCAAAUGAACGAACGAAAGCCAACUUGGGUCUGUCCCGUCUGUGACAAAUCUAUUCUCUACGAUCAACUUGCGAUUGAUGGCUACUUUUCUGAUAUUCUGAAUUCACCUCUUCUUCCGGCUGAUAUUAUGGAAGUUCAACUGAACGUCGAUGGAACAUGGACCGUGCUGUCGGCUAAAAAAGAAACGAAAAAAAAUACAAGUGGAGAAAGUUCAGUUAACUUGGACGUCGUCGAGGAAUUGCCAACUAAUCCGACGAAUCCAAAGGUAGAGACUAUUGAUGAAACAGAAUUGGAAUUAGUUUGCGAAGGUCCUCCUCCCAAGAAGAAAGCCCCUAUGGUAGUAGACCUGACGCUUAGUAGCGACAGCGAAGAGGACAGUGACACUUUGAUGAGUAUCAAGGAGCGUAUGCUUAGUCGUCAGCGUAGCUCCGGCAGUCAGUCAAGUUGCCCUGGUGAUUCAGCCGACGAAAACGCAGCAGCUACGAAUGCACCUGUUAACCUCAGCAGCAACGUGAAUACAGUCACAGGGAGCAGUAACAGCAGUCUAAGUUCAUCAGCAUCGAAUAGCUCUGCGAGACCAGCUCAAAACUUUGAAUCUUCGUCAGGCGUUAACAGUCCACUUGCAUACAAUUAUAUGGCCGGGAGCAGUUAUGGAAGUCCGACUUACUUUUCCUACAGUUCAUCAACUACCAAUGGACAAAAUCUUUAUGCACCGUAUUCCAAUUUUGCCUAUUCCUACGGAGGUACGAAUGAGCUACAAAGCGUAUUAGGCGACGCGAUGAAUGGCCACACCUUGCCAACUGCAGCGACCCAACAUCAAUCCCCAAAUAAUUCGGUGCCACCUGUUAGAAAUAAUUAUAGACGAUCCCAAUCCCCACCAGAUGUAAUAUCUUUGGACUAGUUAGUUACGAUGGAGGUAAAAAUGUGUCGUCAGCUCGCCACAUUUACUCUUUUAUUCUGUAUUUUUUAAAAGUUUGUAUUCCAAAACCUAUGUAAAACUAAAAUCAUUUUUAUGACUGUUUAGUUAAUUUAAUACAACUUUUGUCAUUCUUAA